AUCCUUUUCCACAUCCCAGCCUCAACAACCACCAAAGUACACACACCACACUAAUCAAGUACACAUCCAGGCCACCAAGCCACCGAGCGAGCGAUCACCAUAUCACACAUAGCGCCAUGUCUGGCGUGUGGGUGUUCCGCAACGGGGUGGUGAAGCUGGUGGAGAACCACCCCGCGUCGGCGGCGGGGCCACCGGGAGGCGGGGCGGUCCGGCGCAAGGCGCUACUGCACACGCCCACGGGGGAGGUGGUCGCCUCCUACGCCUCCCUGGAGCGCAAGCUCGUCGCGCUUGGCUGGGAGCGCUACUACGCCGGCGGGGGCGGCGCCGCCGGCGACUGUAUGCUCAGGUUCCACAAGCGCUCCUCCGUCGACCUCAUCUCCCUCCCCAAGGACUUCGGCCAGUUCAGCUCCGUCCACAUGUACGACGUCGUUAUCAAGAACCGCGACGCCUUCCGCGUCAUCGACGUCUAGCUGAGCUAGCUGGCUGAUCCGGCCAUUCGAUGAAGCAAGCACAGCUAGGUCGUGCAAGCCGGCGGCCGCUACCGUCGCAUCCAUGUCGUCAUCGAUCUCCGCUGGUUAACUUUUCCACCUUGUGUACGUGUGUGUAUGUGUGUGUACGUAACCUGCACGUAUAUACGUGUGUAUGUAUAUGUACGUUGUGUAUUGACGUAUAUGUAGAUAUACAUGAUGCUUGUGCAUUGUGGUUGAUUAAUUUGUCUACUAUAGUACUAUUAGGCCAUCGAUGUGCGGGGACCUUGUGCAUCACUUGCCACUUGCUCGUCUUCUUUUGAUCAAGCUUGUUUGUUAUACAACUGCUGCACCCGAGAGCAAACCACAUGUUGUUGUGUCUCAUAAGGCAGCAUAUUAUUAGUAUAAGGUGAUGUUUUCGCUGAUAGCGAGACGUCUACUAUGGCUUUGUCAAUCUUAAA